UCACUCAAAUAAAAAAAAAAAGUUAUAAAUAAAUAAAAGAAAAAGUUUCCUUCUAUUGGUACAUGUUUAGAUUGAGCGUAGUGAGAAUGAGCUUGAAUAAGGUUGCGCAGAACAGAAUGCAUGCCGAAGUCGUAACGUAGAGAAAGAUUCUUAAUGAAUUAUUGAAAUUUCUUAUUCUAGCUGUGUUUAUUUCAAAUGAGAAAAUCUGUUCUCUUUCUGUGUAAUAAAAAACCCUCGCGUGAACGUUUGUUUGUUCCUACGGUCUUCUUCAGUCAAUCGGAACCUACCCCAAUCCAUUCCUUUUGCCUUAUGCAAGGAAGAAGAUGCAGUAGGGUUGUGUGUUGGUGCUUGUGUGUUUAGAGAGCCACAAAGCCAAAGACCUACUUCAUCAGUGGAUGUCCUUUGAGGAACAAAUCAGAGAUGGUUCUUCUUAAAGACAUUGUGCCUGCAGCUCAGAACAACAUAGAGACUAAGUUUAUAGUUUUGGAGAAAGGCAGCACAACGCUAGAAGGGAAGAAUAGGAUAUGCUUGACUCUUGUAGCUGAUGAGACAGCGGCAGUUCAUCUUCAGCUUUGGGGAGAUGAAUGCGAUGCUUUUGAUUCAGGCGAUAUAAUUCAUUUGACCAAAGGAAUUUUUUCCUACCAACAUGGUAAUCUUAUACUCAGGGCAGGCAAGAGAGGGAAGCUAGAGAAGAUUGGAGAGUUUACCAUGUCCUAUGUUGAGGUACCAAACAUGAGUGAGAUUCAUUGGAUUCCUGACCCAAGUAAUUCUAAAAAUUAUAUCCAGGACUAUAUAAUAUCUCCCCAGUCACGCAUCUUCCCUUCAAUUCCAUAGAGGGAUGUGCUCUUAUACUUGCCACAAUUUUUUUCAGACUAUGAUUUUCAACAUAUUUUAGAUAAAAAAAUAUAACUUUUAUUUAA